CAUGGAUAAAAGGUAAACAAUGAGAAUAUCUUGAUAAAUAUUCGUCGGUUGUCAUAAUUUUAAUGCUGAUAAGACAGAUGAAGCAUAGGAAACUGGAAAUGGAAAAGCAACAGGUCGCUAUAGAAAGUAAAGAUUGCAAGCAACAUGUGGAACAGCAAGAGGGACCAUCACAGAGUACAGACUGCACGCCAGUUGUGAAAGAGCCCUUUCCAAAAGAUUCUAGGAAGAAGGGAGAGAAAAUACGUCGUGAUAAGCUGAACAACUAUAUAUCCCAAUUAGCAGAAGAAAUCCCAAUUGUCAAAUAUGCCCACAGGCGACUUGAAAAGUCUGCCAUUUUGAGACUGGCAGUCAGCUUCUUGAAACUACAUCACGGGUUGAAAAAAAAGUGGUACAAGAUUGACCAGCAGUAUCUACACACUUGGGUGAAAAUGAUUACCAAAGAUGUCUUGUUCAUCAUCAGCGAUUCUGGCAACGUUCUGUAUGUCUCUCCAAAUGUACAUGAACUCACAGGAUUCCAUCAGACGGACAUUACAGGGUACAGCAUAGAGAAGUUUGUUCAUCCAGAGGAUCUCAACAAGCUGAUGAGCCAGUUUGUCAUGCAGCCAAAACAGCCAUUGUACACAGCAACAUUCGUUGAACAUAAACAAUUAUCACUACCAGAGAGAUUAGAACAGCUAGAAGGAGACCACAACUUUUUCUAUGUCCGCCUUCAACAAAUGUUACGAAAGAAACAGCGUAUGAAAGGGAGCCCAGAAUAUGAAAUGAUGGCGGUUCGCACCUACUGUGAACAGAAGUCAUACCUGAACACUGAAAAUGAACUGUGGAUGUUUGCCCUGGUCCGUCCUCUGAAAACGGAGAUUGUGAGCGAAGUUGAGAUCAAGGUGAAAGAGUUCAUGCAAAGCAAUGAGUGGGCGACGAUGCACGACCUUGACAGUCGAAUAGUAGCUCUGGACCACAGGGCGUCUCAGUUCAGUGGAAUGAUGCCAUCAGAGAUAAUGGGUAACAUGCCCUUCAUCUUCAUAGUGGAGGAUGACCUGGAAUCAGUGGCGCUUAGCCAUAAAAUCAUUAUGAGAGAUCAGGAGAUUCCAUCAACAGUAUUCCGUAUGAGGAAUGUGUUCAAUAGACCUUUCUACGUCCAGUCACAGUCCAUUAUCAUCAGUGACGCUUGGACUAAGAAACCCAAGGGAAUUCUCAGUGUCAACAGAGUCCUUAGCCCUGAUGAAGGAGAAGCCAUGCUAAAACAUCAGAAACAGAAAGUGUUUGAAUAUCUGAAUAUACAAAGUGCCCCUGAUAGCUCCAGUUCACAAGAACAGAUUCUUGGGAAUGAAAGCAAGGGAUGUAAUUUUUCCCCUAAAUGUGCGUGUGAGAAACGCAAUAAGUAUGAACAUUAUGAAGAGGAGGCUAAGUCUGUUCCAGAGCUUUUGGAACUUAAUUCUUUAACAAGCAGCUCAAAUUCUUCAACAUCAGUGUCUGAGAAGCGAACUUUUGAAAAUGUCGACUCGGACGGCGACGGUGACUGUAUGUGCGGUUCAGCAUGUAAUGAGGCAUGUGCUUCUUCAAUUGCGUGCAAUGGUGUUGAUACCAAUGAUCUUGUUUUUCUAAGAAAAUAUUCAGAGCGUAAAGAGGAAACUAUUGAUGAAUUCCAUGAACAUUUUGGGGCAAAAGCUGUGAAAAAAGAACCAGUGAAUGGUGAUUUGCAUACAUCGGUGUCAGUUCAAAGCAAAAAGAUUACUGUUUCACCAUUGAUGCGCUCAGCAUAUCAUCAGGAUACAAUAAGGGUUCAAGGAUGUUUUCAAGAUGAACAUCAAUCCAGUGACAGUAACACUAGUACUUUAUUUAUAGAAGAUAUGAAGCCCUUGAAAGGUCAGGUUGCACUUGAGCCUGUUGCCUGUGAAACGUGUGAGGAUUCAAGUUCAUCAGCGUAUAUCAAUUCUGAUACUCAGUCACCGUUUGAUGGACCCCCAUCUAUGUGCCAAAUGUUAUUAAUGAAGCACAUGAUGAUCAAAGAGAAGUUGAUGAAUGAGAAGAAUUCUCUGGGCAUCCUGUCUGAAGUGACAGAGAGGAGUGAAAACAAUUUGGAACUGAGCCCAAAGCAGGCGGAGUUGCAUGGCACCCUAUUGAGUAAACUGUUGGAAGCACAGGACCAAGUGGAAGUCUAGAAUAACCUUCUAAUUGACAUUCACAAUGAAAUGAAGAGCUUGUGACCAUGAGCAGAUAUACCAGCUACGUAUGGGCCUGGUUUUGGAAAAACUGGGCUUAAUGGGACAACACUUUCCACUUUAAUGGAAUAUCGUGUUUAUAGAUCAUUAUUUCUAAAGGAAAAGGAAAUCGAGUCUAGGCAGAAAGUUUCAUCCCAGAUAGACCUUAGGAUGUUAUGACCAUGAUAACAUAUCAGCAACAUACAAGGUAUCAAUACAAUUAGCCUGAAGAAUGUGUGACCAUAGAAGCAAACAAAGACUCGGUGGAUAACAGCCAGAUGAACUUGUGAUCACAAAAUCGUAUAGGAUCAGGCCAGCUAGGACAUGAACCCUUAAUCAAUUAGAUAUGUAUUUUGACUCAUUUGUAGUCCCUCAGAAAGUUGAAUUUAAUUAAAAACUUUUCUGAAUAAAUUCAAUUUUAAAAGGCUUCAUUUCCAACCUUAGAUACUGAUGAGCAAAAAACAGCAUACAACCUGAAUAGACUGCAAGUUACUCGCAGGCUGUUCUGGUUUUAUGCUGUUUGCACAUAGCCAUUUUCACUUUGCUUCUGAGUGGGAAAGGGUUAAGGUCCUUAAAUUUCCUAAAUUGUACUUGUGUUUCUUGACAAAAUUGUGCAUUUUGAUUCAUAUACAUGUAUAUUAAGUGUGUUUGUCAAAAUCAAAUAAAUGUGUGUUGCAAUACAUUAACACUUACUGAAGAUUUUAUUGAUGAGAAGUUUCUGUUAAUUUACUGCAUGUUGUUGUUUGUUGUUGUUUGAUGCACAAGAAGAAACUUUUUUUUAAAGAAUAUAUUAACAUAUCUUGUAUAACAUGUUUGAACAUUAUUGUUGCUACAUGGUAUCAAUUUGUUUUAUGAUCACAUACAUGUAUACAUUGUAUGUAUUUUAUUGAAGAAAAAAAGAAAAGAAAAAAAAAGGAACUUUAUUAGAGUUCCGUUCUAUUUUUGCCAUGUCAAUUUGUUUAAUGGGAUGGGUAUAUUUUGAAAAGUAUAGAAGAUAUUUGAAUGAAAUUCUUGCUAUUCAUAAAAAAAAUGCACAAUAAUAUCAAUUUUUACUGUAAAUAGUACAUUUUAUUCAGAGCGUACAUUAAUAAAUUAGGUGAGUUUAAGGAUGUAAAACAAUACAUUUUAUUGAUAAAAGGAUUUUUUAUUAAACAAAUUUAAUUUAAUAUUUCUGGGACAUGGACUUUUUAACUUAAACAUUUUUGGUUUGGAUUUUAAGUUUUUGUAUCAAGACUGGAUUCAAAUGAAAGUAUGAAAUGUUCAGUAGAAAGGGUGAAUACACAUAGAAAGAUAACUCUGUCUAUGAUAGUUUUAGAAUGGCUACCCUUGGUGUCAUUCUGUUGUCUGUCCAAUUAAUAACUUAAUUUUCUUCUUUGUUUCCAAAUACUUUAUAUUAUGACUACUUUUUUUAACAAAGGUUGUGUAUUAACUAUCCUCAUAAAAGCUCCCAGUAUCAAAUUGAUGGAACUCGAUACUGAUUUAACAAGUGUACAUUUCUAAGCAUGUUAUAGUGUUGAGAAUAUAUAUACAGUGUAUGCUCAAUGUUUUUUGCUCAUGUCUUUUCAUGAAUGGUCAUUCCUUUACACAAUCAGAAAAUUUGAUGACAAUCUUUAAAUCUAAAUUGACUGUGAGGUAAUAUCAGAGAAUGAAUAUGAGUUGUACAUGUAAAUGUGUUAAAGGUAUAUACAUACACACUUAAUAUCAUUUCUAACCGUACACCUACAUUCAUGUCACCUGUACCAAAGAGCUACAUGUAUUUGUUAGUCUUCAGUUAUCAACUUUUGACAGCGAUCUUAUCAAUGACUUUUAUAUUCAGUUGUACAUUUUGAUUGCCAUUACAUGUUUUAUAUAUAACAGAUGACACUGUAUAACUGCAUCAUUAAAAAAAGUAAAUUCUCAAAAUAUCAUGUUGAAUGUGAUAACAAUGAGCAUGUUAGUGUUGAAAUGUGCUUUUUUACAUCCAUAAUUAAAUCAUCAGUACAUACACAGUGUGUUUGGCUAUGGCUCUUUAAAACUUGCAGGUACCUCUGGCCACUGGAAAUAAUCUGGCAUCUUUUGAAAUUUGAGCAAUUUUCCGUCAUCAUAGCUUGCUAAAUGUGAACCACUUGAAGGCAGUGUUUAGCUCUCUAAAAUGAUUGUUGAGUUUAGCCACAGAUCACCAAUAGUUUGUUUGCAUUCAGUUAGAGAACAUAUUGAGCAUACUCCUCCAUUCCUCGUGUAAAAUAAUCACAACUGGUACAUUAAAACGUUCAAGUUGUUAAUGAAAAUAUUUACAAAUGUUGUUCUUAUUGUUGUUGAGUUACAAAUGUAUUAAGUAUUCUUAACUUGCAUAUUGAAGUGCACAAUCAAUCAAAUGAAAUUUUGCAUAGAUGUUAUGUCAAUAAGUUAUGGUUUUCCUCAAAUUGACAAAAAUGUUCAAGGUUGUUGGCAUUGGCUGCAAUGUACUUUCAAAAUUUAUUCUAAUAAUGUUAUUGUUUUAUGAUGAUAUUCUUGCGAAUCAGAAUUUGCUUAACAAUUAUCAUAAUAAUACGAGUUUUCCAUAACAACCUGUAAAGUGACAUAAUUGGCAAAGUGAGGAAAAUCAACUUUAAUGAUUUGUUUUGUUGAUGCGCAUACCUGUUAUUGCUAUGGCAUCAAUUCUUUUAGAAUGGAGGAGCUUUACGCUAAAUAGUAAUAACACACCAUCAAUUAUGGAAAGUUAUUUGCAAUAUUAAAGCCUCACUGUGGCAAAACGUGGCUUUAUGUGUGCAUAAAAUGUUUAACUAGAUUAGCCUGUUCAUUCCAGACAGGCUAAUCUGGGACAACACUUUCCACGGAGACUUGAUUUUCGUUCAGAAGACUUUCUUUAAACAGAAAAUUCCAUAAAAGGUGUUCUCCAUAAUUAGGAUAUGCAGACUGCUUCAGCACAUUUUGGACAACUCUAAGCAUAUGCAUUAAGCCUGGUUUUUCCAAAGUGCUGCUCAAUUGUGUGAUAGGCAAAUUAUAUUUAUGUCAUGAAGACUGGUUCUGUUGUGGAAUGGCUGAUUUGUAUAUCAUAUGAAUUAUUUACGGUCAGUUUGUACCCUAUUUAUACCCACACAAGUUUUAGGAGCUAUGUAGUUGAGUCAGCUGGUCUGGCUGCCAGUUUGUUUUGUUUUCAGAUAUAAACUCAAGGAUGUUUUGACAUAUUUAAAUUAUUUAUGGUUAACAUGCUAUUUAUCUCACACAUACAUGUCAAGUUUGAUUUUUGUUACAAAACACUUAGUGUUGAUGAAGUUGCGGACUUUUUUCCAAUUAAAAUCCUCUUAAUAUAUGGUUUAUACAUUGUACAUGAAACUUGUGAACAACUUGACCUUUAAUUAAAGUGAUGCUUUAUUUAUUUAAGUUUGGUAUGGUGCAAACUUUGUAUUUGCAUGUGUAUUGGUUUUAUUCUUUUGAAGUUAUUGUUAUGAUGCUGAGCACUUGGUAACUUGAAAUCUGUGAUAAAUUAUAUUAAUAAUACUUAUAUCAUAUUAGAUGUCAGUUUUCAGGGUCAGUAAUAUUUAAGGUGAGACCACUGGUCCACAACAAUGAUUGUUGUUGUGUAUGUGCUUUUGGUUUAAAAAAUAUACAUUUGUGUGGUGGUUUUGCCCAUCUUUUUCUCAAAAAUAUUUGUAAGACCGAGUAAUUUGCCUUAUUCAUCCAUUCAUCAGUCAUAUCUCAUGUACAUUCAUCACCUUAAAGAAAUUUGUUAAAACACUUAAUUCAAUUGUAGCAUACUAGUUUAUGUUUUAUGCAAUGCAGUGUUAGAUGGCUUAAUUAAUGUGAUUUUGUCCAUCUAUAUGCCAUCCUUACUGUACAUCCAUCAUUUUGCACAUUGUUGUUGCAUCACUCCCAUGAGUGACAACUUAUUGUUCAAGUAUAUGAUAGUGAAUACCUGGUAAUGUUUGUAUACAGCAAUGCCAUUUCAAAUUUUUGAAAAGCAUUACAAACAAAUCAUUUGUGUAAAGCAACUGUUAAAUAAAUACUUUAAAACA